GCACUUCGACGCUCCACUUGCGGGAAAUUAUCGGAAAAUCGCCGAAAAGCCGACGAAAACCACGUCGUGGACCGAUAUAAUAAGUGAUUGAUGAAAUUUUAAAAAAAUGAAAGGCUAUAACUAUUAACUAUUUGUUGGGUUUUGUUUGGUGACUGAGUGUAGUAGUGGGUGAUGCUUUUGGUUAUUGAUGUGUUUCUUCUUGUGGAUAUGUGCAUCAUCUUCAGGGGACACUUCCUAAAUUUUAGCGAAUAAAACCCCAAGAAGUUCACAAAAUGAGCGAACUGAACAUCAAGAACUUCUUAAUAAUUUUAUUAUUUUGCUGGUUAUCUUCUGUUAAAGCAACUGGAAACCUUGUGGGAUCUUCAUCGGAGUCCGAUCUUAGUUCAUCGUCAAAAUCUCGAUUCGUCGAUAGCAUGAAACCAUCGCCGAGUGGCGGCGUGCAGCGACCCUACUUCGAUGAUGUAGGUCCUCGAAAUGUGACGGCUGUGGUAGGCCAAUCGGCUUUACUGAACUGUCGCGUUAAACAUCCCGGCGACAGAACGGUUUCUUGGAUGCGUAAACGGGACCUACAUAUACUUACAUCUGGGAUACAUACGUAUACAGGGGAUGCACGAUUCAGUGUGCGCCAUCCAGAACACAGUGACGAUUGGGAUUUAAGGGUGGAUUACGUUCAAAAACGGGACGGAGGAGUAUACGAAUGUCAAGUGAAUACGGAACCGAAGAUUAAUUUGGCAAUUAUGCUGAACGUCGACGACUUACCCUCCCUUGCUGCCACGCAUCCAGGCCCUCGACCUAAAGAUGCACAAGCGUCGAUAUCCGGUCCUCCAGAAGUAUACGUGAAGAAAGGUAGCACAAUUUCUUUAACAUGUACAGUUAAUGUUCACUCAACCCCACCGUCAUCGAUUCUAUGGUAUCAUGGUCACUCAGUUGUAGAUUUUGAUUCACCCAGAGGUGGAAUUAGCCUAGAAACGGAAAAAACGGAAGCAGGCACUACUAGCAAACUGUUAGUUACAAAGGCUCUGUUGAGUGAUACGGGGAACUAUACAUGUAUGCCGUCCAACGCUAGCCCUGCAUCCACAGUAGUACAUGUAUUGAAUGGAGAGCAUCCGGCAGCGAUGCAGACUAGCAGAGCAGCACCUCACCAUCAGAUGGCAUUGUUAGCUUCUUCGCUUUGCACUCUCGUGGCAGCGAUCCUAACUAGAUGAUUGUAUGUCCCAUACAUAUCAAUCAGCAUCCUGCUCACCUUAAACUAGGCAGUGUCGG